GCGCGAGGAAGACGACAGUGGCGCCGUUUGACAAGCGCAACUAGUAACCGAGCCGAAGUGAGCUCCGUAUCCGUAUUCCCUUCUGUCCUUCUGCGCGAAGUGCAACGAGGUUAAAACAGCUGUUCUGCUGGAUGGUCGCGUUGACAGGGACGACGAUCAAGCGGAUGAGAGAUCUAUCAGAAAUCCAGGCACUUAAAUGAUAUCGCGAAUAUUCCGUGGGCAAACCGAGAAUGUCGCGGUCAAACGCAAACGGCAAAUCGACACUCUGAAAAUCUUUAACGACAAUGUAAUAGAGCUCAGAGAAAAUGUGGACUAUCAGGUGGAAUUUCAAGCUGGGGAAAGACGAAUGGCUAUUAUGGUUUCCCUGUCGCCAAAUUUCCCACUGGAGAAACCAGUACUUAGAGUUUCCCCACCGAUAAGUCAUCCCUGGUGCAACGAACAUAGUGAAAUUACCAGUGCACCAGGACUACUCAAUUUUUCAGUACAUAGUGAUCUCGGUCGGGUUGUCCAAGUUAUUAUCAGAGAAUUCAGCAAGAAUCCACCACAAUUUUUAGAGGAUAUUUCGCCUGGCUCUACUAAGCCUCUCUCAGAUUUGCAGGGAAGAAACUCGCCGUCUUAUUCGCUUCAGCAGUAUCCCGUCGAAAUCCCAUCGACGUCGUUCAAUUCGUAUUACAACACGCAAUAUCCGCAUCUGUCGUCCUCUAACGCGAAUACAUGCAUUUAUAAUUAUAAUUAUACAAAUUCUGGUCACACGUACGUCUCGACCUCGAAGUCAUUCGGCAGCACGUCGCAUCACUCGUAUAUUCCAAGUUCGAGCAGUAGUGCACUUCAAAAUUCUACGUCCGCGCUGUACAAUACCUCGGAUCAGCACAGCACUUACCUAAAUUCACAUUACGCGAACGCGAACUACCAACAGCCGUUGCCGAAUCAGUCGCAGGCAAAGGCGCCGCAGAGUAUAAUAUUUCCCGAAUUAAAUAAUUUAACAAACGAGGAAUUGAAGAGGCUCAGCGAGGAUGACGACAAGCUGGACGACUUUCUGGAGAAACAUUCCCAAAUUAAAGAUAUAAAUAUGGCGAUCGAAGAUACUAUGGACUGGGUUGAAAAAACUGCCGAAGCUAAUGCAGCCAAAGAACCCGAAUUGAAGCAGCUGCAAGCUGAUGUAGCGGACAAGGUGAAAACGGUGGCGGCGCUGAAGGCCAGAUACGAUCAUCUUAUACAACGAUACAACAAAUUGUCAGAGGUCUUCACGCCGGAUCACAUAAAAGAAUGUUUAAGGCAAGCAGCGGACGAAAGCCACGAAGAGAGCGAAAAAAUCGCUGAAGAUUUUCUCAACCGGAAGAUCGACGUCGAGCGCUUUCUCAGUACGUACAUUGAGUGCCGGAAGCUGGGUCAAGCUAGGCGAACUAAGGAAGAGAAACUGGCGCAUCAGUUGAACGAAUUGAAACGAGCUGGUUUCUGAGAUAAAUAAAAUAUAUAUACCCAUUUUUUUCUAUGAAUCGAACAAAAAACUGUAAAUAAGACUUAGUUAAAUUAAACGUUAUUGUGAGUUUGAAUUUAUAGCGUUCGUGAUUACCAAAUGUCUAAGGCGGCCAGAAGAUUCAACUGAGAGAAUUCGGCUGAAACAUAUUUUGCAUAAACUCGUUACGUUCAACUUUGUUUCUUAUUUAUGCUGCAUUCUGCAAUUAUUUUGAAUCGCGUAGCAUUCCACAGAAUUGAUGCAUACACCACACCCUCACACCUACACAUACACUUAUACAUAAGUGGCGCUAAAUGAAUGAAAAGUGGUUAAAAGCCAAGAGUGCUUUAAAAUUAACUUUGAUGGAAUAGAUUUAUUCCAGACAAUUUAAUGAGAUAAGACAGCAAUAUAGUGAACAGAUAAAAGAAUCAAGCGUUGAAACUCGUGUUUAACAGGUCCAAUUCAAAAUGAGUACUUACUCCAUAGUGAAAAUAACAUGGCUUUAAUUAUGUUAGUUUUGCACAAGUAACAUGUACGCGUCGCGCUUAAUUCUCUGACAGAGGUACGUUUUUUACUCUGUAAAUAUAAAUGUGCAGGGAUGUAAUUAAAAUCGAUUUUUGAAAAUUUGC